CAAAUAUCUAAUCGGUUCAUGUCUCUCGCUAUAUAUAUUUCCCAAACUUAUUGCCACUGAAGAAAUAUGUCACAACACGAAAACCGUUAAGAAAAAAUAAUGCAAAUGGAGUCUCAAGCUUCCUUCUUAAGUGGAGAGUUUUCCCCGGAGAACUCUUCUUCAAGCUCAUGGAGCUCACAAGAAUCAUUCUUGUGGGAAGAGAGUUUCUUACAUCAAUCAUUUGAUCAAUCCUUCCUUUUGUCUAGUACCCCUACUUACUACUCUGAUGACUUCUUCACAUUUGGAUCAUCAAUCAUCAAAGAAGAAGCCACCAUAGCAGCCGAGGAGGAGGAGGAGGAGAAGUCAUACAGAGGAGUGAGGAAACGGCCGUGGGGGAAGUAUGCGGCCGAGAUAAGAGACUCAACAAGGAAAGGGAUAAGAGUAUGGCUCGGGACGUUUGAUACCGCGGAGGAGGCGGCUCUAGCUUAUGAUCAGGCGGCUUUUGCUUUGAAAGGCAGCCUCGCAGUACUCAAUUUCCCUGUUGAUGUCGUUAAAGAGUCUCUCAGGAAGAUGGAGAAUGUGAAUCUUAACGAUGGAGAGUCUCCGGUGAUAACCUUGAAGAGAAAACACUCCAUGAGAAACCGGCCUAGAGGAAAGAAGAAAUCUUCUUCUUCUUCUUUGUUGACAUCUUCUCCUUCUUCUUCCUCUUCUUCGUCUUCUUCUUCUUUGUCUUCAAGAAGUAUAAAACAGAGUGUUGAUGAUACGACGCAACAAGAAAGUAAUACAACACUUGUAGUUCUUGAGGAUUUAGGUGCUGAAUACUUAGAAGAGCUUAUGAGAUCAUGUUCAUGAUCUUGAUCAAUUUUAUUGUAAUUUGAGUGAGCUCUGUUUUUUUAUAUAGUUUUCUCUUUAUUUUUAUCCGAUGAAAGAGAUGUGAUGGCGAUGUUGGAAGUGUAUUAGACGUCAAGUCUUGCGGAAAAAAAUCAUGUAUCAUGUGUAAUUGUAUACAUCUAUCUCUCUUUACCGUAA